UGAUUUAGCGAAGGUCCGAUCAAAUAAAAUAAAAAAUGAGAGGAACCCAAGCGGAGGUCGUGCCGCUGGAAUAUUCAGACCCGCUAUGGACAUGAAUCAGAAGAAAACAUUUUUCCCUAACACGUCAUCUGUUGCACAACGGAAAGGCAAAGCCCUUCAGCAGGAGGAGAAUGGUUAAAGCCAUUUAAUUACGUCCUUCGCCGAGCGACCACGGCGCCGCUUCUGCCUUUUCACAUUUGGAACCCUGAGCUGCUCGUGGCCGCACCGAUCUGCUGCUCCGUCUCCACCGUCCUGCACUUCUUGACUUUUCGCACCCGGUUUGCGCGUCUCUGGCGGGAAUGAAUGUGAAAUAGUGGCUUUAUUCGGAGAAGUGCCACAGCAGCCUACGCAAAACUCGCGAAGCAGGUGCCUGUGAGCUCAGUGUUAUACCAUGGCCUAGCAGCGAUGUCGCAGCUCUACUUUCGGCGCACUGACAAUUCCUCCUACCGGGACCGCAUCCCGCUGCGUAUCGUGCGGGCCGAGGCAGAGCUCUCGCCGUUGGAGAAGGCUUACCUGAACGCGGUAGAGAAAGGCGACUACGCCAGUGUCAAGCAUGCCCUGGAAGAGGCCGAGAUCUACUUCAAGAUCAAUAUCAACUGUAUCGACCCCCUUGGCCGCACAGCGCUCCUCAUCGCCAUCGAGAACGAGAACCUGGAGAUCAUCGAACUGCUGCUCAGCUACAAUGUGUACGUGGGCGAUGCCCUGCUCCACGCUAUCCGCAAGGAGGUGGUUGGAGCAGUGGAAUUACUGCUCAACCACAAGAAACCUAGUGGGGGCAUGCAGGUGCCACCCGUCCUCCUGGACAAGCAGUUCUCGGACUUCACACCCGACAUCACGCCUAUCAUCUUGGCUGCCCACACCAACAAUUAUGAGAUCAUCAAACUUCUGGUGCAGAAGGGUGUGUCCGUGCCCCAGCCACACGAAGUGCGCUGCAACUGUGUGGAGUGUGUCUCCAGCUCCGACGUGGAUAGCCUGCGCCACUCCCGCUCCCGCCUCAACAUCUACCGUGCGCUGGCCAGCCCCUCGCUCAUUGCCCUGUCCAGCGAGGACCCCUUCCUAACGGCCUUCCAGCUCAGCUGGGAGCUGCAGGAGCUCAGCAAGGUGGAGAAUGAGUUCAAGUCAGAGUAUGAGGAGCUCUCACACCAGUGCAAGGAGUUCGCUAAAGACCUGCUGGAUCAAACGCGCAGCUCCCGCGAGUUGGAACUGAUCCUCAACUUCCGUGAUGGCAUCAACCCUCUAGAGGAGGAGAGCAAUAAUGACCUGGCUAGGCUCAAACUCGCCAUCAAGUACCAUCAGAAGGAGUUUGUGGCUCAGCCAAAUUGCCAGCAGCUUUUGGCAUCUCGCUGGUACGACGAGUUUCCAGGCUGGAGGAGGCGCCACUGGGCAGGGAAGUUCCUCACCUGUGUCUUCAUUGGCCUCCUUUUCCCUGUCUUCUCCCUCUGCUACCUGAUUGCCCCCAAGAGUCGCUACGGUCUCUUCAUCCGCAAGCCCUUCAUAAAGUUCAUCUGCCACACAGCAUCCUACCUGACCUUCCUUUUCCUCCUGCUGCUGGCUUCCCAGCACGUCGUGUCCACCGAACCCAAUCGUCAGGGUCCUGCACCCACCACUGUGGAGUGGAUGAUUUUACCCUGGGUCCUAGGUUUCAUCUGGACUGAGAUCAAACAAAUGUGGGAUGGUGGACUCCAAGACUAUAUCCAUGACUGGUGGAACCUCAUGGACUUUGUCAUGAAUUCUCUGUACCUGGCAACUAUUUCCCUGAAGAUAGUCGCCUAUGUGAAGUACAGCGGCUGCAAACCCAGGGACAACUGGGAGAUGUGGCAUCCCACAUUAGUGGCGGAAGCUGUGUUUGCCAUUGCCAACAUCUUCAGCUCACUGAGGCUGAUCUCACUCUUCACGGCCAACUCGCACCUGGGUCCACUGCAGAUCUCUCUGGGCCGCAUGCUGUUAGACAUCCUCAAGUUUCUGUUCAUCUACUGCUUGGUGCUGCUGGCCUUUGCCAAUGGUCUCAACCAGCUAUACUUUUACUAUGAAACCCAGGGCUCCAAUGAAACCAAAAGUUGCAAGGGCAUCCGUUGUGAGAAGCAAAACAACGCCUUCUCCACGUUGUUUGAGACCCUACAGUCCUUGUUUUGGUCCAUAUUUGGCCUGAUUAACCUCUAUGUGACCAAUGUUGGUCCUGACCACGAAUUCACCGAGUUUGUUGGCGCCACCAUGUUCGGCACCUACAACAUCAUCUCGCUUGUGGUUCUUCUCAACAUGCUGAUUGCCAUGAUGAAUAACUCUUAUCAGCACAUUGCCGACCAUGCAGACAUUGAGUGGAAAUUUGCUAGAACCAAGCUGUGGAUGAGUUACUUUGAGGAAGGGGGCACCUUGCCAUCUCCUUUUAACAUAAUCCCGAGCCCCAAGUCAGCAUGGUACCUCAUCAAGUGGAUAAAGAGGCACAUCUUCAAAAAGACCAAGUCAAAAAGGCCAGAAACAUUUGGAGCUCUAGGGAGAAGGGCAGCUGAGAACCUCAGACUAAAUCAUCAGUACCAGGAGGUGCUGAGAAAUUUAGUGAAGAGAUAUGUGGCGGCUAUGAUCAGAGAUGCGAAGAAGGAGGAAGGGUUGACGGAAGAGAAUUUCAAGGAACUGAAGCAGGACAUCUCUAGCUUCCGUUAUGAGGUCCUGGGAAUGAUGAAGAGUCAGGGGUCCAAAGUGGGCUCAGGGGCCUCCAGCCUUGCAUACCCCGACCACCCACUCAAGUGCACACCAUCGCCCCCCAGUGGCCACCAGAAGAGCAAGCUUAACCUGUUCGAUGUUACCACCAUGCUGAAACAGAGCUCUGGUGGCCCCAAGCCAUCGGAGGCCUUUAAUGGGCUGGCCAAUGGCUCUGCCCUCCUGCCGGCUGACAAUCCCACUGGCUCGCGGGAGAGACUCCAGAGGAAGGAUUUCCCUCGAGACAUUUCAAACUUUGGCCUUUUUCAGCGACAGCGCCGGGGAAACAACCCAGGCCAUAACCCCAACAAAAUCUACUCUGUCUCAGAGGAGAUAGACGAGUCAGACCCAGAAGAGUCAAAUCGCAGUGGGAAGGAGGUAAAGCCCUCCGGGCCAUCUACUGGUGAGGAGGCAGAACAAAUGGUUGUGUCAGGGUGCCAGGAAGAAGAGGAGGGCAAGAAGAAAGAUGAAGAGGUGGUGGAAGCAGUGGAACCAGAAGGGGAGGAGGGUAUCCCCCAUGAGGAGCUCAAAGAGGGUCAAACCAGCACUUCUUUGACUGAACAGACAUAGUUCAGCAAGUUUGACAUGUAAGACCCUCUAGUGCACAACAUUGCAAAAGUGACAAUCAAACUUUUCUAUGGAAAUUUAGUGUGUUUCUGGCAAGUUCUGUGCUGGAAUAAAAGGACAUGUUUGUUCAGUUGGUUCAUCCAAGGAUAGAAACAAAUAUCUCCACACACUAAAAUGGGAAACAUGGUUUCAUAAGAGAUCCUGCUCGUUUAUACAACUGAUGUCCGUGAAGAAGCAGGACUUUUUCAUGCAAUGAGGAGGAAAUGGACAGCCUCACAGCCUCAGGGAGAAAAAGGAGAGGCCAUGGGUGAAUUUUGAUUCACACGCUUCGUUUGAGUUUGACGAACCCGGCUGAGCUCCCGGCUUCCCCUACAGGAGCUGAAAUCAAGUUCGCAAGAACACUAGUGGAUGUUGUAGAAGUUUCCAGGUCUCCAGGGGAAUCCUGUUUUUAUGGGUCCUAAACACCACAACUUGGCACAGAUGUUAAUGUGGAUCCGCAGAUGAAACAUUAGUUUCUAGCCUAAAAACUUUCUGCAUUACUUUGUUAUGUAAAUGAAAAGCCUAACCCUGUAGCUAGUGUAAGCUAUAUUUCCCCUUAGACCCAGUAGUCUGCCUUACCCCAUUAGUUUGAGCACUUUACAUUAAAUGAUC